AUGUUUCCAUUCAAGAAAGUCUACAACGCACUCCAAAUUAACUCUUCAUCAUCAAAACAAAGCACAAAGAGGCCCGACUCAAUAUCCAUUCCGCUUCGCCAGCUAUCAAUACGUACGGUCUCGGAGGACGACAACGAAGAUGUCGAUCGUCACGUGGUACAACAACAACGCAAAGCUCCAACCUUGCCAGCAGAUGUAUGGUUUUUGAUACUGCCGCAAGUCGACUACACUGAGAAUUGUACUCUGUGUAAACAUAAGCAGCUGUAUACCCUAUCAUUGGUAUGUCGGGUCUUCAACGAGUUCGCUACAAAAGCGCUCUAUCAAACACUCGAUUUACGACUUGAGGAUGCUUGCCUUGAGGUGCACGGGGAUUCGUUGGAUUCCUAUAAUAACGAGCCAUCCUUCCUUAGAGAAAAUAUUUUAAGGAAGAAGCUCGAUAGAUUAGAAAGCACGCUGCGGUCACCAGAGGGGCCAGCGGUGCUUAUUCGACAUUUGAAAUUCCCAGUGAUUGAGCUUCGCUGGAAGAUGACUUAUGGUCCAAAUGAUAUCAAUCCGGCACUAUACACUGGCCUAUCAAGGGGGGUGUACAAUUACGGCAGAGAUGAACCAUCGGCCCAUUACAGGCCGAAGGUAAGCACACAUGACGAGUCGCAGUUGUAUGUGCGUCCGGUAAUGCGCAGAACGGAUCUUGCCCUAUGGAAGAACAACAUCUCGGUUGGUAUCUUGCCGAAGUGGAUCACCAUCUUUGAACUGGCAUCAGCUCGGUUAGAGUCGGUUUUUGGUCUGGGAAGUCUGUGGACGUAUAUCCACGAAUAUGAGAGAGAUGUGUUGCGGGAGAGGCUUUUUGAUGCCAUUGAGAAGAAUCAAAAUUGGGUUGAAUGGGACUGGAGAUGGAGCUCUUGGGGAUACUCUCAACAUUCUGCCGAGGCUAUCUUGGAGGAGCCUAGACUGCUUGAGAUUUUCAGCAAGAUGAAAAACAUUCGGAGCAUUCAACUGGAUAAAACAGAAUGGGCAGACAAAAUACUUGAGAUCUUCCCAGGGACGCUUGAGUCUUUAACCAUCGAAUCGCUCAGGAUAGGCGGUUGUGAUUUCGAUUUCAUGUUCAAGAGGCUUCCAACAAAGGGACUGAAGUCGUUGAAGAUCAUAGUCAGCGAGUCCUACUUCAAACCGCUUGAAAAAUGCGACCCGUUCAAACCACUCCUUGAGUACCUGAAGCUUUGCCACCAGCAAUCCGCGGCGACCCUGACAAAUCUAGACUUUCAGGUCAACUGGAAUCUCUCAAGUGCCUCAUACAAACUUUGUAACGACCUCGAAGCGCACAAUCUCCGCUCAAUGAGCAUAUCCCUCCCUGCACGAAACAACAAGUUAUGGUUUGCGACCAAAAUCAGUUCUGGGGCAUUCCCGGCGCUACGAAAGUUCACCUUCCGAUCUGCAUUUUCGCGGAACAACGGGCCGAAACAGACCUGCACAAGAUGUGUGCAUUUAGAAUGGCCUGAGAUUAACAAGUGGUACGAUUUUGCCAGUGAGCAAGAUAACUUACUUGUCGAGGCAUGCAGGAAGGCGGGAGUGAGACAGUGGGAGAUGGAGGUUAUGAACAGACCGUGGGCAGAAUGCUCCUCAUUCACGCUGGAGGAGUCCUGUGAAGACGACCCGAAAAACCUCUAUUUUCGGCCCCCACAGAAGCACCUCACUGACUACGAUGCUGGCCUGUUCUUCUCGGGACAGUCGGGUCCCGCCGUGCCUCGUAGAAACUCACCAAAGCGCAGAAACGCAAGGGAUAUUGUGACGCCAGGUCAAACCCUGACUCGGGGAACGGUCUGCGAUGUCUUCGCCCCCACCUUUGGGAUUGGAUACUACCAGCAUCAGAACAACUCGAUUCUACUUGCAAUGAUUUCCGCGCCAAGUGCGCGGAGUCCAAGGGGUUCAAGAAUAAACGAAAGGGUAAGCUGGGAUAGCCAUUUUGGCACCAGGGCGGCGACUCUAUAG